AUGGAGAGUUUGAUGAAAUUACGCACUCCAUUACGAAGUGGUUUUUCGAGAAUCGCUAACCAACUGGAAGAAUACUUAAAAGCUACAGAUUGUAGUCAAGAUGAAAUAGAAGUCUUAACUAACCAGUUGAGUGAGAAAUGGUGUGCACUUGAUAUGAAAGAAAAAGAAAUUCAUGAAAUAUUAGCUAAUGAUUCUGAUUGUGCUCAAGAGAAUUUUGAUGUUGAAUAUAACACCUUGUACGUCAGAUUACGAGGCAAAAAGGGAGGGAAAAUCGUGAGGUGUCUUAUUGAUUCUGGCUCCCAACGGUCAUAUCUGAGUAAACGAGUCGCUGAAGAAAUGCAGUAUGAUCGUCUUAAAGAAGAGAAUGUUAUACAUAAUUUGUUUGGUGGUAAAGAACACAUAGAAAAACAUUACCGACACAGAGUAUUAGUCAGCAGUAUUAACAAAGAAUAUCACUGCAAUUUUGAAGUACUUGACCAAGAAAAAAUAUGUUCUAAAAUACCAACUUUGAAGUUAGAUCCAUGUGCGCAAGAAUUGAAUAAAGAAAAUAUAAUUUUGACAGAUCAAUUGAUUCCAAAAGAAACAGAAUCUGAAGACAUAGAUUUAUUAAUUGGAGCUGAUGUAGCAGGUAAGCUUCUCACUGGAAAAGUCAUAGUUCUGCCAUGUGGACUCGUAGCGGUCGGAACACAUCUUGGAUGGACCUUGAUGGGGAAAAUGCCAUUUGACAAUCAUGAUGACAAUUCUACAAUGGUGGUAACGAAUUUAUUUAUGAAAGAUUUUACCAUUACAGAAAUGUGGAACCUUGAUGUGAUAGGCAUUACUGAUCCGAUCAUUAAAAAAGGACGGUAUGAAGUGGCAUUACCGUGGGCCGAGGAUCGUCUACCAUUACCUACAAAUAAAGAAUUAGCGCUUAAACGCCUGGAGACAACAACACGGAAACUUUGCUCUCAAAAUUUAAUUAAUCGAUAUGAUGAAGUUUUAAAAAAUUGGGAAGAUUCAGGCAUAAUCGAGGAAGUGAAACAAAGCGAAAAUAUUGAUAGCGGACACUACUUGCCCCACAGACCAGUGAUUAAAGAAAGCAGUUCUACUCCCGUACGGCCUGUGUUUGAUGCGUCUGCAAGAACUAAGUUUUCGCCGUCACUGAAUCAAUGUUUAGAAGCUGGACCCAAUUUAAUUGAAUUAAUCCCAUCACUUUUGCUAAGAUUCAGAGCGAAUAAAUACGGUGUCGUUGCAGACAUAGAAAAAGCUUUUUUACAGAUUAGCAUUAGGCCACCAGAUAGAGAAUAUCUUAAAUUUUUCUGGUGGAAGAACAUAGAUACAAAGGAACUGAAAAUAUUUCAGCACACCAAAGUUGUGUUCGGAGUAAAUAGUAGUUCAUUUUUAUUGGGCUCAGUUUUAGAUUAUCAUUUUCAAAAUUGCACGAAAAAUACAGAACACGAUCAGAAAGUUGUAGAAAAACUGAAACAUAGUUUUUACGUAGAUAACGUUUUAUCCAGCCUUGAAAGUGAAGCUGAACUUCAAAAUUUCAUUGAAGAAUCUCUUAACAUUAUGGCACAAGCAAAAUUUAACCUAAGAUGUUGGCAAUAUUCGAACGAUAAAAACCCUGAAGUCGAAACAAAUCUUUUAGGAUUGAUUUGGAACCGAAAAACGGAUACAAUUAAAUUGAGUUUGACUUGGAUAGAAGACCAACAUUUUGACAAAAUCACUAAACGAGUAAUUCUAGCUGUUACACACAAAGUGUUUGAUCCAGUGGGUUUUGUGAGUCCAGUUCUCCUUCUACCUAAGCUGAUGUUGCAAGACUUAUGGAAAUCUGGAAUAUCCUGGGAUGCAGAAGUAGACGAAAGCAUGAAAGGAAAAUUUCUUCAUUGGUUUGAAGACCUCUGUCUGCUAAAAGAAGUCUCAAUUCCACGAUGGGUGCAGUGCCAUGAAAAGAAUAAGAAAUCUUGUAGCAUCCAUACGUUUUGUGAUGCCAGCGGGCGUACCUAUGCUGCUACGGUAUUUUUAAGAAUCCAGACGGACACAGAGGUUGAGGUUCACUUAUUAGCUUCGAAAUCCAGAGUGGCUCCUGCCAAGCAGAUAACUAUACCUCGUCUUGAAUUGAUUGCUGCCACUGUUGGAGCAAGACUAUGCACAUCAGUUUUAGAAAGUUUGCAAUGGCAGAAUGUUGAAUUUAUUUUGGACAGACUCGACUGUUGUCUUGUCUUGGAUACAAAAAGAAGAAAUAUGGACAGUUUUCGUGGCUAA